GAGGAGACUCAUUUUCUCCUCCGCUCAUUGGCGAGAAGCAGUCGAGUGCGGUGUAGGGCCAGUGGACGUAGGUGCAGGGGGAAAACUUGCCAUCACAAAUCUCAGUAAGGGCGGCGGAUGAGUGAGGAUCGCAAAGCCUACCUUGUCCUCCAUUUUCAGGGCAAAGUAGUCUGGAUUUAUACAAAUAUUGUUGGAAAUAAUUUGGUUCAAUGGAGGCUGCGGUUCUAAACCCUCAGAUGAUGACGGAUGUCAACUGCAACAACAGUGCCAUGAACGCAGAGCUAGAGGUGAAAAAGCUGCAAGAGCUCGUUAGGAAACUGGAAAUGCAGAACGAGCAGCUACGGACACGGGCAAAUGCAGUAAACGGGCGCACAAGCCCUCACAUCUUGUCGUCCUCUCCGCUUUGCUUACUCGGGAAUACAAUUGCUAGUAGUAGCUACUGUAUUCCGAGUCCGCCACCGACGCUGUCGUGCCCGGCAUCCUUAGGACUAUACAAUGAGGAGCCUUUCCCUUACUUCCAACCUCACAACCCCGACGACGCCGCAUCUGAUGCAGAUGAUGUGUCUGGCGACUACACUGAACCUACGGUUUUUGACGAUAUUGAGAUACUGAACCUUGAUUCCCUGUUACCUUGUGAUCAGGAUUCAGAGGAAACCUGGCUGUAUGUCUCCCCUAAGGCUUGUCUAUGGGUGGAGGGGAGUCUGACGCCACUACAAUGGUGCCGGCAGGUUCUGGACAACCCCCGGCCGGACAUGGAGGCUGCCAAGCGGGCCCUCUGCCAUCGCCUGGACUCAGUCCACAGGUGGAGGGGCGUCUUCUCCUCUCCUGCGUCUCCCGCGUUCCCUCACAGUCGAGUAGCUGGAGUCUCCCCACUCUGCACCUCCUCUCCCUCCUCCAAGUCCUGCUCUUCUCCUCCCCCUAGCGCACCUUCCUCUGAGAGACAAGCCUCAUUCCUUCCAUCCUCUCACCCUUCGCUCUCCCUGACUCUACCUGGGAAGGAUCGCUCUCCUCUAGCUGAGAGAACUCCCACCUUCCUCUAUCACCCAGCCGAUCGCAGCCGCAGCCUCCGACGGACUACCUUCAGUCCUCAGUCGUCUCUGGACAGUGAACUGAGUGCGUCCGAGUUGGAGGACGAAUCCAUCUCUCUGGGCUACAAGCUGCAGGACCUCACAGACGUCCAGGUGAUGGCAAGACUACAGGAGGAGAGUCUGCGUCAAGAUUACGCCACCACCACAUCGACCAACCGACGGAGUGCCAGCUUCUCCUUCCAGUUUGGCCAGCGAGCGGACUCUCACUUGGAGGAGGAAGAGGAGGAUGACGACGACGAAGACUACGGCCAGCUGCCUCCUCCGCAGCCCCGGCUGACGCGGACGGGGGGGCCCCUGCAGCGCGGCCUGUCCCACUCCCACACCUUCACCAGCAUGCGGGACUGGCGCCGGAGCACCUCCACCCCCUCCACCCCCCACUACCCCUCCACCUUCCCCUACCAGCCCCAGCCCCAGCCCGCGCCCAGCUACGCCCCCGAGCAGCACGGCCCCCGGCACAGCUCAGUCGAGUUUGACAAUAAACUGCGGAGGAGUAUGCCCAACCUGGUCAGGGCUCCCAGCAUGCCGAGUGUCCCCGUUCCAACCAAUCACAUGGGCUCUCCUGCCUCCAUCCGGAACAGCCAGAGCUUUGACUCCUCCAACGGGUUGGCCAGAUUGCAGUCUGCUAUCCCAUCACCUGGCCAGCUCCAGAACCGCGUUCAGAGUGUGGGGAACUUCUCUGUGUCGUCCCGGCAACCCCUGAAGGCCACUGCUUACGUCAGCCCCACGGUCAAGGGUCCUGCUACCGUGACGACGUCAACCAGUUUACAGUCCCUGAGCAGCAGUGGCAUCCCGCUACCCAGCAAACCAGGCAGUGGCCAGGCAUCAGGACGCAGCGGCCUCCCUCGCCCAGCCUCCUUCAUAGGAACCAGCUCUACUCCCCGGAGCAAGAUAGCCCAACCUGUGCGCAGGGAUGAACCUUGAUAACAUGCUCCUCACCAGUUGCCAUAGAGCAAAGCCACUUUACUGACGCCGCCAAAGAGCUUGGCUACCCUCAGUGCCCUGCGUGAUGGCAGUUGGAAGGAUGGCUGUUACUAGAAAUGGGCAAACAUCGGAAAAGGGCACAGCUCAACUCAGUGGUGAUCUGGUCACAUGUCGCCGCCCUGCUGGUUGGGGUGGGCUACCACUGAUAAAGCAAUCUUAGAAUGUGAACGGGAAUGACUGGAAGUUGCCAUGCUAUGGAGAAAAGCCCAGAGUUGGGACUUAGUGCUUCCUUUUUAAGGGGGUGUUUUUUGCAUCUAUGUAUUAUGCAAAAAAUAAAGGUAAUCCUCAUGUCACGUUUUCAUCAUUCAUAAAGCCCCCAGCUUUGCUCUAAUGCACUGACCAGGACUUAGUUACUAAUAAUCGACUCACUGCCCUGUAAAGCUUCUUUUUAAUCAAAUCAUUUUUGAUGUGUGAGGAACUCCAAACAUGCUGCUAAUCAUUAUUCUGCUGUUCCACUUAAGUUGUUUUUAAACAAUAUUACAUAGAAAAAGAGAAAGAAGUCGUUGCAAUUGCGUGACGCUUUUUAAGGGAUUGAACUGUAAUGUCUGUCCUAUUAAUACUCUUUUGUAAUGGAAAACUUUAACCAAAUUUGACCAGCUUGAAAGUGUUUACAUACAGGUAAAGGUGAGUAAACUGCUAACACGUUGAUGUUUUUAAACCCACAAACACACACAUACACUUAAUUUUCAAAUCAUGGAACACUGAGAUGAAGUAAGAAAUCUUUGUUAUUGUUGCACCUAUUGUUAAUGUGUCAAUGAAGUGUUUUGGUACUGCACUUUCACUAUUAAAUUAUUUGUUUUUCAAUAUUGUUUGUUUGGAAAAGACACUGUAUAGAAGUUCACUAUGACCAAUGUAGCACUGAAUUAAAAAGGUUUUAAUGUGUCCAACAAGAAUAACAAAAAGUUAUAUUUGCAAUUGCACUUAAAAUACAGGUAUUACUUUUUUUGUUUGUUUAUUUGUUUGUAUUUUUAAGCACAGUCAUUGAAACAAGUUUGUGUGUUUCAUUUAAAAAUAAAGGCUUUUUAAACUUUCA